AUGGCAUUUACAUCCCGGACUCCUGAUAUUUCUGGCGAACGACAAUCUGGCCAGGACGUUCGAACUCAAAAUGUCAUGGCAUGCCAAGCAGUUGCAAACAUUGUGAAAUCCUCUCUUGGGCCUGUUGGCCUUGACAAGAUGCUUGUUGAUGAUAUUGGUGAUGUGACAAUAACUAAUGAUGGUGCCACGAUACUGAAGAUGCUGGAAGUUGAGCAUCCAGCUGCCAAGGUUCUUGUUGAGCUGGCGGAACUUCAAGACCGGGAAGUUGGAGAUGGGACAACAUCCGUGGUGAUCAUAGCUGCAGAAUUGCUUAAGAGAGCUAAUGAUUUGGUCAGAAAUAAGAUCCACCCAACAUCAAUAAUCAGUGGAUACAGACUUGCCAUGAGGGAAGCGUGCAAAUAUGUUGAUGAAAAAUUGGCUGUGAAGGUUGAAAAACUCGGUAAAGAUUCUCUUGUAAACAGUGCCAAGACCACUAUGUCCUCGAAGUUGAUAGGUGGUGACAGUGACUUCUUUGCGAAUCUGGUUGUUGAAGCUGUACAAGCAGUGAAGAUGACAAAUGCGAGGGGAGAAGUUAAAUAUCCAAUCAAGGGAAUUAAUAUUCUUAAAGCCCAUGGAAAAAGUGCCAGAGAUAGCUAUCUCUUAAAAGGAUAUGCUCUCAACACUGGCCGUGCCGCUCAGGGAAUGCCGAUGAGAGUUGCCCCUGCUAGGAUUGCUUGUCUUGACUUCAAUCUUCAGAAGACUAAAAUGCAGAUGGGCGUCCAGGUUUUGGUCACUGAUCCCAGGGAAUUGGAAAAGAUUCGUCAGAGAGAAGCUGAUAUGACAAAGGAACGCAUUGAGAAGCUUCUAAAGGCUGGAGCAAAUGUUGUUUUAACCACCAAAGGAAUCGAUGACAUGGCACUUAAGUACUUUGUGGAAGCUGGCGCCAUUGCUGUGAGACGUGUCCGUAAGGAGGACCUGCGCCAUGUUGCCAAGGCAACUGGUGCUACUGCAGUUUCGACGUUUGCAGAUAUGGAAGGAGAAGAAACAUUUGAUUCGUCUCUUCUUGGUUAUGCUGAUGAAGUAGUGGAAGAACGUAUUGCUGAUGAUGAUGUGAUUAUGAUAAAAGGGACCAAAACUAACAGUGCGGUCUCAUUGAUACUCAGGGGUGCCAAUGAUUUCAUGCUCGACGAGAUGGACAGGGCUUUGCACGAUGCUAUAUGCAUUGUCAAAAGAACUCUGGAAUCUAAUACGGUAGUUGCUGGUGGAGGUGCUGCUGAAGCUGCCUUAUCUGUCUAUCUGGAGAACCUAGCCACUACUCUUGGAUCUAGGGAGCAGCUGGCUAUUGCAGAGUUUGCGGAAUCUUUACUAAUUAUACCGAAGGUGCUUGCUGUGAAUGCUGCUAAAGAUGCAACUGAGUUGGUUGCUAAGCUACGUGCAUAUCACCACACUUCACAAACCAAAGCAGAUAAGAAGCAUUUAUCAAGCAUGGGUCUUGACCUGUUGAAGGGUACUGUACGAAACAAUUUAGAAGCAGGAGUCAUUGAGCCUGCAAUGAGCAAAGUGAAGAUAAUACAGUUUGCUACGGAAGCAGCAAUAACUAUUCUUCGUAUCGAUGACAUGAUCAAGCUUGUUAAAGAUGAAGGUCAGAACGAAUAG